UUGCCGACCAAUGUCUGCCAGCAGAAGAAGGGACCCCACAUAAUAUAUCCUGCGUUUUCGACGUGUCUAGAAUAGGACCCAACUUCCAGCUUCCUUGGACAGCAGUAAUAAAUGAAACCUACCACAGCACUGUAGCCACCUGCUACUUCGGUCGAUGUGAAGCAUCUCCUGGGUUCAAAGCUAGAGUUGUAAGCAAUAAGAGCAUUUUAACCAUUGACAACGUAUCCAGGACGGACCCUUUCAGUGUUUCAACCACCUGGCGGUGCGAUGUGAACCGUACCGUGUGCGGUCCCUUACAAGUUUAUAGUACACCCACGAACGUGAAGUGCGAGUUCCCACCAUUUAACACCAGCAGCGACCGUAUGCCGAUAGUGUGUACCACGGAUCGAAUCUACCCGUAUGCUUCCUAUCAAACCUUCAUUAGCACAGACAAGGCGACUUUCAGACCAGUAAGUAAAAUAUAUCCAUGCAAAAACUCACCAAGAAAUGAAACGCCAGUCUACUACACUGCUGAAUGUACGUUGUCCGUGCAGCUGCAGAAUUUUCGCACGGGAGACAACUAUAUCAAAGUGAAAAUCUUUCCUGAUGUCUCCAAUGGCGACCAGGCUGCAGGAGUCUACAGUGACGUCUACCAAGUUACACUAAGUCUCAGUCAAGGUGAUGGAACGUCUGAGGUUUCCACAAGGCAGUAUUUAAUCAUUGGACUUGGUAUUGGCGUUUUCGUCGCCGCCUGCGCAGCUGUGUUUCUUGGUGUUUCAACAUUCAUCUACAGAAGAAAGUGCCAAAGUUUUGAACUGCGCCCUCGAAGUCAGUAUACCAAACAGACAUCCAAAGACAUUCCUGUAGGCUAUAAUGCCAUAAACAAGUUGUCAAUUGACGAGGAUAACUCCGGCGAAAUGUAUGAAGCCGUGAUUCCUCCAGCUACACCAUCUCGCCCCUCAGUUCUACCAAAGCCGAUACUAAUGGAGAGCAUCUAUGGAAACGCGCAGAGCUAA